UCAGUCAAUCAAGAACAACCAAAAUGCCGAUCGAAAAUCUGGAAGAAGAAGGGUUGGCGAAGAACCCAAAUUUGCAGCUCGCACAAUGGAAAUUUCUUCUUACAACGACCGUUUACAAAAAUGAUAAAGAUAUCAAGCAAAAAACAUUAGAUUUCAUCAAAGAAAAUGACAUGGCACCAUACUACGAGGAGCUGUGGAAGGAGAUGGGUUGGACAAUGGACAAAAGCCUUUUCCAGAAGAUGAAAUCUGCAAAUGAAACUAAAUUGAAGAAACUGGAUGAAGCCAUUGCUGAUGCUGAGAAGAAUCUUGGCGAAUCAGAAAUAAGAGAGAGCAUGCUGACAAAAGCAGAGUACUUGUGUAGCAUUGGUGACAAGGAGGGUUGUUUGAGUCAAUUCCGCGUAACCCAGGAGAAAACUGUCACCCUUGGCUACCGACUGGACCUUGUUUUCCACUUGAUACGUAUUGGCCUUUUCUACAUGGAUCAUGACCUCAUCAAUAGAAACCUUGAGAAAGCUCAGAGUUUGAUAGAUGAAGGAGGUGACUGGGAUAGACGUAAUCGGCUUAAGGUUUACCGCGGAGUCUACUGUAUGUCCAUCAGGGACUUCAAACAAGCAGCCACUCUUUUCCUCGACACAGUCGCUACAUUCACAUCUUAUGAGCUGAUGGAUUAUCAGACAUUCGUCACCUAUACAGUACUCAGCAGCGUCAUUGCUCUAGAGAGACCAAAACUUAGGGAAAAGGUUGUAAAAGGUUCAGAGAUCUUGGAGGUGUUACACAGUCUGCCAAAGGUGCGGACCUACCUUUUCUCUCUGUAUGACACGCAUUACGGAGAUUUCUUCAGAUCACUAGCUGAGGUAGAAGAACUUAUGAAGUUUGACCGUUACAUGAACCCCCACUACCGUUAUUAUGUGCGGGAGAUGAGGAUUGUUGCCUAUAACCAGCUUCUGGAGUCCUAUCGCAGUCUCACACUUGAAUACAUGGCCAACGCAUUCGGAGUCACAGUUGGAUUCGUAGACCAGGAGUUGUCACGAUUUAUAGCUGCGGGCAGGCUGCACUGUAAGAUAGACAAGGUCGGGGGCAUUGUGGAAACAAACAGACCGGACAGUAAAAACUGGCAGUACCAGGAAACCAUCAAGAAGGGAGAUAUAUUACUCAACAGAGUGCAGAAAUUGAGCCGAGUCAUCAACAUAUAGGGACAUAUAGAGACAUUGGGCUUCCCUAGACAUCUAACAGUGUUCAUUUAUUCAUAUACGUGCAAGCAUUGUAACUGCCGCAUACAAGAUUUUUCACAGUGGAACUACAGUGGGAGUGGAUAUUUUCAGUAAAGAAAGUGCUAAAAAACUAUCUGAUUCAUAUUUCUUUUGAACUUUUCUAAGAAUUUAAAGAUACUUAAAAGUGAAUGUUGACUAUUCAGUAUCAAAGUAUUACAUACAUGUUUGUGUCCAAUUGCUAGAUACACAUUAAAUGUUGCAAUAUCUACAAUACAUGAAAUGUUUGUAACAUAUUUAAAGAUUCCAAGCAUUAAAAGACAGGAAAUGUU